GCCCCACGCCUCCCCAUGCAGCCCUGGCAGUGCCUCCGGCGCUUUGCCCUGGCCUGGUGGGAGAGAACCGCCGAGGGUCGCGCCCGCUCACCCAGGGAGGAGGCUGGACCAAGGGACGCCGGGGGCCCAGGGCUGCAGCGAGCGGCGGGAGGGAAGCUUGGAGGACUCUGCUCCCUCUGUUUAAAGUCUCCAGAUCCGGAGCGGAGCAGCCCCCCCAUGCUGUCUGCCGAUGAUGCGGAGUACCCGCGGGAGUACCGGACCCUGGGGGGCGGGAGCAGCGGGGGCGGCGGGGGCCGGCGCUUCUCCAAUGUGGGCCUGGUGCACACGUCCGAAAGGCGCCACACGGUGAUCGCGGCCCAGAGCCUGGAAGCGCUCAGCGGGCUCCAAAAGGCGGAUGCAGACCGCAAGCGCGAUGCCUUCAUGGACCACCUGAAGAGCAAGUAUCCGCAGCAUGCCCUAGCCCUGCGAGGCCAGCAGGACAGGAUGCGGGAGCAGGUUGGUGGCUGGACCGUGGACCCUGUGUGCCUCCUCAGCUCCCUCUGCUCCCACCUCCACAGCGACUCCACCCCCUCCGGGGCUGGCCAGCCUGCCCAGCAACCAAACUACUGGAGUUUCAAGACCCGCAGCUCUCGCCACACUCAGGGAGCUCAGCCAGGGCUGGCAGACCAGGCAGCCAAGCUGUCCUACGCCUCGGCUGAGUCGCUGGAGACCAUGUCAGAGGCCGAACUGCCCCUGGGCUUCAGCAGGAUGAACCGCUUCCGACAGAGUUUACCUCUCUCCCGCUCGGCCAGCCAGACCAAACUGCGCUCUCCAGGGGUGCUGUUCCUGCAGUUCGGGGAGGAGACGCGGCGCGUGCAUAUCACGCACGAGGUCAGCAGCCUGGACACGCUGCACGCACUCAUCGCGCACAUGUUCCCGCAGAAGCUCACCAUGGGCAUGCUUAAGUCUCCCAACACCGCGAUCCUCAUCAAAGACGAGGCUCGCAACGUCUUCUACGAGCUGGAGGACGUCCGGGAUAUCCAGGACCGCAGUAUUAUCAAGAUCUAUAGGAAGGAGCCACUGUAUGCUGCUUUCCCUGGCUCACACCUCACCAACGGGGAUCUGCGGAGAGAGAUGGUGUACGCGUCGCGGGAGUCUUCGCCCACGCGGCGCCUCAACAACCUGUCGCCCGCGUCGCACCUGGCCUCGGGCUCGCCUCCUCCGGGGCUCCCCUCGGGCCUGCCGUCGGGCUCACCGUCGCGCUCCCGCCUGUCUUACGCCGGGGGGCGGCCGCCGUCGUACGCGGGGAGCCCGGUGCACCACGCGGCCGACCGGCUGGGAGGAGCCCCGGGAGCCGCGCAGGGCGUGAGCCCCAGCCCCAGCGCCAUCCUGGAGCGGCGCGACGUGAAGCCCGACGAGGACCUGGCGGGCAAGGCGGGCGGCAUGGUGCUGGUGAAGGGCGAGGGUCUCUACGCCGACCCCUACGGGCUGCUGCACGAGGGCCGCCUGAGCCUGGCGGCGGCGGCCGGGGACCCGUUCGCGUACCCGGGCGCGGGCGGCCUGUACAAGCGCGGCUCGGUGCGCUCGCUCAGCACCUACUCGGCCGCCGCGCUGCAGUCCGACCUGGAGGACUCGCUGUACAAGGCGGCGGCGGCGGCGGGCGGCGGCGGCGGCGGCGGGGGCCCGCUCUACGGCGACGCCUACGGCUUCCGCCUGCCGCCCUCGUCGCCGCAGAAGCUGGCCGACGUGACGGCGCCCCCCGGAGGACCUCCGCCGCCGCACAGCCCCUACUCCGGGCCGCCCAGCCGCGGUUCGCCCGUGCGCCAGUCUUUCCGCAAAGACUCGGGCUCCUCGUCCGUCUUCGCCGAGAGUCCCGGAGGCAAGACACGCAGCACCGGAGGCUCCUCGACGGCCGGGGCUCCGCCUUCCGAGCUCUUCCCCGGGCCCGGAGAGCGCUCUCUCGUGGGAUUCGGACCUCCUGUGCCAGCCAAGGACACGGAGACCAGGGAGCGCAUGGAGGCUAUGGAGAAGCAAAUCGCCAGCCUCACAGGCCUGGUGCAGAGCGCCCUUCUGCGAGGCUCAGAGCCUGAGACUCCAAGUGAGAAGAUUGAAGGCUCCAAUGGAGCAGCCACCCCCUCAGCACCGUGUGGGUCAGGGAGCCGGAGCAGUGGGGCCACCCCGGUGUCUGGCCUUCCCCAGCCUUCUGCCACCAGCACCCCUGCUGGGCAGCCCACUGCCAUCAGCCGCCUACAGAUGCAGCUGCACCUGCGUGGCCUUCAGAACAGCGCCAGCGACCUGCGCGGCCAGCUUCAGCAAUUGCGCAAGCUCCAGCUCCAGAACCAGGAGUCGGUGCGCGCGCUGCUGAAGCGCACCGAGGCGGAGCUGAGCAUGCGCGUGUCGGAGGCCGCGCGGCGGCAGGAGGACCCGCUGCAGCGGCAGCGCACCCUGGUGGAGGAGGAGCGGCUGCGCUACCUCAACGACGAGGAGCUCAUCACUCAGCAGCUCAAUGACCUGGAAAAGUCCGUAGAGAAGAUCCAGAGGGAUGUAUCCCACAACCACCGCUUGGUGCCCGGCCCUGAGCUGGAGGAGAAGGCGCUGGUGUUGAAGCAGCUUGGGGAGACGUUGACGGAGCUGAAGGCGCACUUCCCAGGCCUGCAGAGCAAGAUGAGGGUGGUGCUGCGUGUGGAAGUGGAGGCCGUGAAGUUCCUGAAGGAGGAGCCGCAGCGCCUGGACGGGCUCCUCAAGCGCUGCCGUGGGGUCACGGACACUCUGGCCCAGAUCCGAAGGCAAGUAGAUGAGGGUGUGUGGCCACCUUCAAACAACCUCCUGAGCCAGUCCCCCAAGAAGAUGACAGCUGAGACGGACUUCAGCAAGGCCUUGGACUUGGAAAUGCCACCCCCUAGUCCUCCGCUGAACCUUCAUGAGCUGAGUGGGCCAGCCGAGGGUGCCCCUCUUACACCUAAGGGCACCAAUCCUGCCAAAGUCCUGGAUGCUCCUGGCAAGAGAAGCAUGGACAAGGCUGUGUCUGUUGAGGCUGCAGAGAGAGACUGGGAGGAGAAGAGGGCAGCUCUCACCCAGUACAGCGCCAAAGAUAUCAACAGGCUCUUGGAAGAGACACAGGCUGAGCUGCUUAAGGCCAUUCCCGACCUGGACUGUGCCAGCAAGGCCCAUCCAGGCCCUGUCCCCACCCCAGACCACAAGCCUCCCAAGGUGCCCCAUGGCCAGAAGGCAGCUCCUCGAACAGAGCCCAGCGGGAGGAGGGGUUCAGAUGAGCUCACAGUACCCCGAUACCGCACAGAGAAGCCCUCCAAGUCACCCCCGCCACCCCCUCCCCGCCGGAGCUUCCCUUCCUCCCAUGGCCUGACCACCACCCGCACUGGAGAGGUGGUGGUCACCAGCAAGAAGGAUUCAGCCUUCAUCAAGAAGGCUGAAUCUGAGGAGCUGGAGGUACAGAAGCCCCAGGUGAAGCUGCGCCGGGCAGUGUCCGAGGUGGCCCGCCCCGCCUCCACACCACCCAUCAUGGCCUCUGCCAUCAAGGAUGAGGAUGAUGAGGACCGCAUCAUCGCUGAGCUGGAGAGUGGCGGUGGCAGCGUGCCACCCAUGAAGGUGGUGACUCCAGGAGCCUCUCGGCUGAAGGCGGCCCAGGGCCCGGCAGGUAGCCCGGACAAAGGCAAGCACAGCAAGCAGAGGGCGGAGUACAUGAGGAUCCAGGCCCAGCAGCAGGCCACUAAACCAUCUAAAGAGAUGAGCGGGUCGAAUGAGACCUCGAGCCCAGUCUCAGAAAAGCCCUCGGGUUCCAGAACCUCCAUCCCUGUAUUGACUUCCUUUGGGGCAAGGAAUUCUUCCAUCUCCUUCUAGAAGCCCCUCAUACCACCCCUCCAGCCUGCCCCUCCCUCACUCCUGCCAUCUCUUCCUACUUCCCUUCAUGCCCACCCCCUCCCUGCUUUCCCAUCAGAAGGGCUGCGCGGGCACGGCCCUCAGCUCUCUACGCAUCUCCCAUUGGUGUUUUUGGUUUUUUUGAAUGAUUCACUUUUAAUUCUCUCUCUUUUUUUUUUUUUUUUUUUUAAAGAGUGAAAGAGGAAAACUAAAAACCAAACACACCACCUUCCUUGACUUCCUAUUCCCUAGUGACCUUUCCUUGGCCCACUUCCUGUCAUUCUCUCCUGCUCUGCUCUUUCACCUUCUUCCUCCCCAAUCCAUCCAAAGGUCCCUCCUUCCUCUAACUUCCCAAGAACACUCAGAACAAACUCUGAGCCACGGAGACUCGGAACAGCAAGAGGCCCCCUCAGCUUACCGGGUCACUUCCUGGAGGAACACGUGGACAUUGGACUGACCCUGGCAUCAGGCUGGACAAUGGACAAGGGAGACUCUGGCUCUGGAGAUGCCCUACUCCCUGUCCAUCCUCUGUCAAGACUGAACCCUGCUGCCUUCCUCUCCAGCUCCAGUGGGCCUGGAGACAGGACUGUUGGAGGGGCCCUCUGGAGAGGAGGCCAAGGCUGAGAGGCCCCAAAUGGAGUGUGAGGCCGGGAGCCUGGGUCCCUGGGAUGGAGCCGGCUUGCUGGGGCUCAGCGUCCGGCUGGUGCUAGCUGAGGAUAGAAGGGGCCCCUGGAGACACCUCAAGUGGAGGGUGGUCAUGUGGACAGCCUGCCCCUGAGACUGCCUUGAGAGAAGGCAGCCCUGAGAGGGGCAUCUGGUACUUUUAGUUUCCUAAUUUAGCACUUUAAAUACCAUUAACUUAUUUCAUGGGGGUGGGGUGGAGGGUGGAAAGGGUCUGGUCGUGAGAUAAACAGGGAGAAGAGAGGGACUGGUUGGCGGCACUGAGGACGGUGCUGACCCCCAGCUGGGGGCAACAUGACUUGCAUCCAGCCUCUGUGAUUUGAGGGUCUUCAGGGAAGGGUUGAGAUGUGGUUUCUCUGGGGAUCUGGUGACCACUGGUAAGGUGUUUGAGGGUCCCCGAGACAGAACAGCCAGCCAGUGUCCUGCCUGUGGACAUGCUGCAGAGGCUCUGGAGACAAGGGAGAGGCUGGAUUUCGGUUCUUGAUCACAGCAGAUGAAGAUUAAAUGGAGGGGAUGGUGGGGGUGAAUGGGGUUCCAUUUGGAGCACAAAGUGAAGUAAGCACAGGGAGGGGGUCUUGGGCACUAGCCCCCCAGUAAGCACAGAAAGGAGCCAUUUGAAGGGUAGAACCCCAAGACCUUAGGGCUGGUGUGGGGAGGGCCUGGGCAGCUGUUGAGGGUUCUCUUUAGGGAGGGAGGGGAAACUAGGUUGUUUUUUUUUUUCCCCCUUCUGUUUUUGUUUUCAUUGACUCAUCCUUGUUUUUUUCUUUUUACUUUUUUUCUUUUUUAUUUAAGCUUUGGAUCAUUUUUGUACCAAGGCAAGCAAGCCUUUUUGAAAAAUAACAAAAGAAGAAAAAAAAAUCCCUCCUAGAAAAAAAAAAUUUAAAAAAACAAAACUAGAAAAUAGGAAAAAAAAAAGGACCUCAUAAAUGAUGCAAUUACUUUUAAUUGCAAGCAACUCUUUACAUUUAAGUGAAGUGUCUUAACAUUUUAUAUUGUUUUAAAAAUAUAUUUACAUAUUAUAUAUAUAAUAUACGUAAUAUAAAUAUAUAUAAAUAUUUAAAAAAGAAAAAAAAAACAAAACCAUGGCGCACUCUCCCUGGCCGCUAGCUUGGCGGGGGAGGGGGGCUGGGGACAGGCACGUGGCCUGGUGUCUGUGGUCCUGUGAAGCGUUCGGUUUGACUUGGCUGUACAGAGACCCCUGACUUGGGAGGGGAGGGGAGUGGGGCCUCUCCGCUCCAUUAACUCUCUGCUUGCUACUCUUCGCUUGCCCCCACGGCCCCUCAAGCCCUGUGACCUGAGUGUGCACUCCUACGUCAUUGUCCUGAGUUGAAUGUCCUUUGUUGGGGGGGAGAGCCGUGGGGAAGUAUCCAUCCAUGCAGGGAGCCAGGCCCAUUCCAUACUCUCAGGUCGGCCCCGUGGGAUUUGCAUCAUCCUUCACUUUGGCUCCAGCGCAUGUAUGGGCUAGGAGACAUUAGCGUUGGGUUGUAUGCAGGCUGUGUGUGUGUGUGUGUGUGUGUGUGUGUGUGUGUGCAGGCUGUGUGUGUGUGUGCGCGCGCGCACGCUUCUGUGUGUAUGUCUUCACACCCGCACAAGCCCACUUACCUGUGUGUAUAUGCAUGGGAUGUGUGUGCACAGGCAUGGCCUAUGUCAUAUGCGUGGAGGGGUGGGUAGCUGCAUGUUUGGCAUCAGCCUUGGGAGUGAGACCAUGUAUACUGUGUGUGGAUUGGCUGUUUGUGUGAGGGCCACAUUUGUGUAGAACAGGCACGUGCAGAGAUGUAUGUGAGCUGUGUCCGUGGGUGUUUGGGUGUGCAGGUGCAGACAGGAGUGUGAGGGCCUCUGCUUGUGUGCGUGUGCAUGUGUGCGUGUGUUUUAGCAUCCCUGCACCCCCUCUCCCAGCCCCAUCCCUUCCCAAGCUCCUCCGCUGUCUCUCUAAGCCCACAGCACGUCAGUGCCCUCCCCACCCCCAGCUGCAUGCGCCUUGCUGCUCUGUCCAUCAGUGUGUGCUUGACCAAGAGAAACUACCACAUUGGAGGACCCUGUACCUGGUCCCCCGCCCCCACCCACUGUGCUGUGUUACUCGCAUGGGGGGUUCUCUGCAGCCCCUUCCACAAUAUGCUGUUUCCCUUAGGGUCUCAGGGCAGAGGCUCUCAGUAGGAUCCCUGGCGGGGCACCUCCCAGGGCCAGCCCGGCUCCACCCCCACCCCGUCCACCCCGUAGGGCCUGUGUUGGUGUAGCAGUGACGGCUUCCGUGGACAUUCUGUGACCUCUGUCAGUGUAACUUGACAAUUUCUAAAUGGAAAAGGGUUGCUGUGUUUUCUGUCUCUCUUUUUUAAUGUCCUUUUCUCCCCCACCUCCUUUCUUUACUUCCCUGCUCUUUCCUUCCUUUUCAGUUUUUCUAGCCAAGUGUUGGGGCUUUAAUAAAACUUGUUUCUUUUUCCUCUCCUGGA